AUGGAUUGGAGAGGUGCCCGGGACGCUCCAGCUCCCAGCCAUGAGGCCCUGCGUCAUCGAAAGCCUCUCAAGAUUCUGCAGCUGUGUGAUACACGAUGGCUUGCAAUUGCUCCAUGCCUGUCGAGGAUCCUGCAUCAGUAUGACGAACUGAAACUUCAUUUUGAGAUUUCCAAGCACGAAGACUAUGCUGCCGACCUGUUGUAUCAAAUGUACAAAGAUCCAGCGAACAAGGCGUUCUUGGCGUUCCUGAACCCUAUUGUGUCUCAGGUGAACAGAGUGAACAAGAUGUUCGAGGCUGAUCAGUGCAAUGUCAGCAAACUACUUGCAGAGCUGAUAUCCCUUUAUCAAUCCGUCCUCAUUCGACUCAUGAUGCCGAGGACCUUUUCUUCACAGCAGGCUGUGAUAAAUUUUGAUGUGGACGAUGACCGCAACCACCUGCCUUUGCAAGCAGUGGACAUGGGUGUGCAGUUCAACAUAGAAGUGGGACAGAGCAACCUGGAUCCUGGAAUUGUCACCACCAUCAGGAAACACGGGCGUGACUUCCUCAUGCAGCUUCUCAAAGAGCUACAGAUGAGGUUGCCCUCGAAUGUACAGCUUCUGCAAAGCAUGGAUGCUUUGAGUCCGGAAACAGUUUUAGGGAUAAGAAAACCAAGGCUGCAGGAACUGUCUUUCCUUCCCAAGUAUAAUGGAGACAUUAGUAAGCUAGAUGAGCAGUGGCAGAGGCUGGGGACUGUCAGUUGGCCUAGAGAUUCUGUUUUAGAUGCAGAAAAGUUUUGGAUGGAAGUAUACGGCCACACAGAUGCUUCAGGAGAGAAAGAUUUUAGUGAGGUUGGGAAAUUUGCUUUGUCACUUUUAGCAAUACCUGUUAGUAAUGCUUCAGUAGAGAGUAUUUUCACAAAUGAACCUGGUUAAAAGUAAGCUCAGAAACAGGAUGCAGCAAACAAGUUUAGAGAACACCCUGCAUGUCCGCGCAUUCAUGCAGAGAAAUGGCAUCUGUUGCCAUAAGUUCACUCCCUCACAAGAAAUGCUGUCUCUGUUUACCCAAGACAUUUACUGUGUAGAUAAGGCUAAUGAUAACAGUGACUAUAUUGAUAUUGAUGCAUAGGACUGUGUAGCUGUGUAGCCCAGCCUGCCAGCUGGGGUGGAA